CCCUGAAAAAUGGCGCACAGUACCCGUAAUUUCCAGCUAGUCCAAACUUGAGGUUACUUCAAAUAUCCAAAUAUUAAACGCAAAAAUCAAUAAGCACCCCAAAGAUCUCAAAAUGCACAGCAUGGAGACCAACAAAUCGAAUUUAUUUUACAUCAGCCUACUGGCGAGUCUAAUGCCACAGCAGGUACAAACCGGCAAGAGCGAAGUAAACGAACCAAACAGCCUCGCUAUGGCACGCGCACGCACACUAGCAAAUAUACAGGAACAGUUGCUGCCCAAUUUGAAUCUCAUGCAGUUGGAGGCGAAUGAAUUUCUGAGUCGCGUGAAUGGCGCCAUCUUUAAUAUGACCUUUAAUGAGACGUACGAAGAGGAGAUGAUGUGCCACAAUGGCCAGAAUGCAAUUGCCAAUCUCGUGACGAUGAUACUCUACGCAAUCGUUUGCAUCAUUGGGCUCUUCGGCAAUACGCUUGUGAUUUAUGUCGUUUUGCGUUUUUCGAAAAUGCAAACAGUCACGAAUAUUUAUAUACUCAAUCUCGCUAUAGCCGAUGAAUGUUUUCUCAUUGGCAUACCAAUACUACUGUAUACCAUGCAGAUUGGUAGUUGGCAAUUUGAUGAUUAUGUCUGCAAAGCGUAUAUGGUGAGCACAUCGAUAACACAGUUUACAUCGUCCAUUUUCUUACUCAUCAUGUCCGCGGAUCGUUAUAUAGCCGUUUGUCAUCCGAUAUCAUCGCCACGCUAUCGCACACCUUUCGUAUCGAAAUUGGUCUCGGGUUUUGCUUGGCUGACGUCGGUGCUACUUAUGUUGCCCGUGAUACUGUUCGCCAACACCGUACAGUCGAAUGAGGAUCACGUCUCGUGCAACAUUAAGUGGCCCGAAGCACAAAAUACACAAUCGGGUACCACAUUUAUACUGUACACACUGACAUUGGGCUUUGCCACGCCGCUCACAUUCAUCUUGAUCUUCUAUUUUCUCGUUAUACGCAAAUUGCAUACAGUCGGUCCGAAGCAAAAGUCCAAAGAGAAGAAGCGCUCUCACCGUAAGGUGACCAAAUUGGUGCUAACAGUGAUUACAGUAUACAUACUGUGUUGGCUACCCUAUUGGAUAUCACAGGUGGCGCUCAUCAAUUCGUCGCCAAGCAAAUGUGCAUCGAGACUCGAGAUCACCAUUUUCCUGCUAGCCGGCUGCCUCGGCUACUCGAACUCUGCGAUGAAUCCCAUACUCUAUGCAUUUUUGAGUGACAAUUUUAAGAAGAGCUUUUUGAAGGCAUGCACCUGUGCGGCACGUAAGGAUGUCAAUGCGCAGUUGCAAUUGGAGAAUAGUCUCUUUCCGAAGUUUGGUAAAAAUCGUCAGGGUGAUCGUUUCUUUUCGCCCAAGAAGUCAAAACAGAAGAAGGCGCUUGUGACGCGCAAUAAUAAUGCUACUAAUAUGCAUCUGUCUGCUGCGACUACAACAACAACAGCCACGAACACCACGACCACAAGUGGCGCUACAAAUCAAAUUGUCGCUUAUCCUGAUGCACAAAAGAGCCACUUGCUGCCGGCAAUGAACGCCCAUGCGGUAACACAAAAUCAAAAGUUGGGCUCUGAGUGUAUUAUUCCAGACACCAUUGCCGACGAGCGUUUAGUGCCGGAUACAUCGUGUGCCGAUGUGUUGGACGAAGACAAGGCAGCAGCUGAUGAGCGGCGGCACUCAGACAAUAUCGAGAUAAAUUGUACAGCGCCAGUGUUGCACACAGAUUUAUAAGACUUGGCCUGGGGUGGUCGCACGCCGGUUGAGACCGUGGUAUUUGUGUCAAAGAGAUGAGUGUCUACGAGAGAGUUCGGUAGUGAAGAGUUGAUUUAAGCAGAAGGCAGAGAUGAUCGGUUAAGGUAUACACAAGUAGAAGCUUAAGAAUAAGAGAACGAUAGAGAGAACUUACAUACGAGAGAGUCUAGGUGUUUUUCAGAGAAAUUUUUAUGAGGCGACUAAACACUAGGUUUUGAGAAAAAGUGAGUUGAGAGCUUGUCUAUAGUAGGGUUACAAAGACAGAAGUAGAUUUGUAGAAGAACCCAGGUUUUAAUACAAUAUUUUAGUGGCUUGUGG